ACUGAGCCCCUGUUUCAGCAUAGGCAACAGUUUUAGAUUAAAUAGUUUUUUUUUUCUUGCGUCAGGGGGAUGAAUGUGUCAUAUAUAGUUCGGCUUUAUAAAGGCUAGUGGAUGCAUGUUUAGCAAAGCGAUGAGGCUACUUCACUUUGAAAGAGUUGCGCUGCAGAGAGCGUCCGCGGAUCCCGCAACCUGCUGCUGACUAGCCGGGGGAAAGGAGAGGGAGAGGGGGAGCCGCUCGGCAGAGACGGAGGGUACUGCCUUGGAGAGGACAGCCUAGGUUCCGUCGCGGAGGAAAUCAUGCAGGUUGCUAUCUGGCUGGUUGGACUAACGUGUCAUCUUUCAGCACUUGUCCUAGAGACUCUGCAGGACCGAUUGCAUCCGAAACAAGAAACCUUCAUCAAGCAGCUGUCAUCAUAUGAAAUCAUUACUCCGCUCCGAGUGAAUGACUUUGGUGAAUCAUUCCCCCACAAAUUGCACUACAGAAGAAGACGGAGAAGUUUAAAUGAUGACCUGUCGGGCUUACGGGUUCAUUACAGGAUUGAUGCAUUCGGUGACCGCUUUCUCCUCAACCUAACCGCAGACUCUAGCUUUAUAGCACCCUCUUACACAGUGACACACUUGGGAGCCGAACAGAGCAACGGCACGGACUCGCGUGACCGGAGCGAUAUGCGCCACUGCUUUUACCGCGGGCACGUCAACGCAAACAGCGGGCACCCUGCAGUCUUUAGCCUAUGCACUGGCCUGAUUGGAACUUUUACCACGCAACACGGAGAAUACUUCUUGGAGCCCCUUUUAAAUGUUGCAGAGGAGGAAUAUGAUGAAGAACACAACAAACCCCAUCUUGUCUAUCGACAUGAGAGGAAAAGGAACUUCUACAAUACUGAUGAGCCCUGCGCUGCCUCAGGGGACUCCAAGAGGCCAGCAUCUUUUGAAAGUGGAAGGAAUAUGGGAGAGGAGCUGGACUCUCUCAAAGCCAGAAUAGAAAAGCAACACAUUUAUGUGAACAACUCCACCGGCAUUCACGCCACUUCCCCACGCAGACGCAAGCGCUUCCUCUCCUACCCUCGCUAUGUUGAACUAAUGGUGACAGCGGACACCAAAAUGGUGCAUCACCAUGGACGCAACCUGGAGCACUACAUCCUAACAAUCAUGUCAGUAGUAGCAGCAGUGUACAGGGACCCUAGUGUAGGAAACCUCAUCAACAUCAUGAUUGUCAAGCUAGUCAUCAUCCACAAUGAACAGGAAGGGCCCACAGUCAGCUUCAAUGCUGCCACCACUCUCCACAACUUCUGUGUCUGGCAGCAGAGCCAAAACAUCCAGGAUGACAGCCAUCCCUCUCACCAUGAUACCGCACUCCUCAUUACCAGGGAGGACAUCUGCCGCGCAAAAGACAAAUGUGACACUUUAGGACUUGCAGAGCUGGGGACCAUGUGCGACCCGUACCGCAGCUGCUCCAUCAGUGAGGAAAAUGGAAUUAGUGCCUCCUUCACCAUCGCUCAUGAGCUGGGCCAUGUGUUCAACAUGCCUCAUGAUGACAACCCCAAGUGCCGAGAGGCAGGCAUGAAGCACCAGUAUCAUGUCAUGGCUCCUACCCUCAACUAUGACACCAAUCCCUGGUCGUGGUCCAAGUGCAGUCGCAAGUACAUCACAGAGUUUCUAGACACUGGCUAUGGGGAGUGCCUCCUGGAUGAACCUGUAGGCAGAACAUACGAGCUUCCCACCCUCCUCCCUGGCCAGAUCUACAAUGCCAACAAACAGUGUGAACUGAUGUUUGGUCCUGGUUCCCAAAUUUGCCCCUAUAUGAAACAAUGUAAGAGGUUGUGGUGUACGAGUGCAGAGGGGGACCACAAAGGCUGUCGCACCCAACACAUGCCACUGGCUGAUGGAACUGACUGUGGUCAUGGAAUGUAUUGCAGACAUGGGAUGUGUGUAAACAAGGAGCUGGACCUACAACCAAUCCAUGGAGAGUGGGGUCCAUGGGGGCCUUACAGUGUUUGCUCCAGGUCCUGUGGCGGUGGAACCAGGAGCACCAUUAGAGACUGCAACAAGCCUGAGCCCAGAAAUGGUGGUAAGUUCUGUGUGGGCCGCCGGAUGAAGUUCCGCUCCUGCAACACUGAGCCAUGCCCGCGAGGACGGAAGGACUUCCGCGAAGAGCAGUGCUCUCAGUUUGACGGCAAGCACUUCAACAUCAAUGGUCUACCUCCCACCGUCCGCUGGGUCCCUAAGUACAGUGGCAUUCUCAUGAAAGAUCGGUGUAAGCUUUUUUGCCGGGCCGCUGGCACUAUGUCGUACUAUCAGCUGAAGGACCGUGUCACCGACGGCACCCCAUGUGGUCCAGACACUUAUGACAUCUGUGUUCAAGGCCUCUGCAGGCAAGCUGGCUGUGACCAUGUUCUUAACUCAAAGGCAAGGAACGACAAAUGUGGAGUGUGUGGUGGGGACAACUCUUCAUGCAAAACUUUGGCAGGGACAUUCAACGAUGCUCAGUAUGGUUAUAACACAGUUGUGCGGAUCCCAGCUGGAGCCACCAACAUUGAUAUCAAACAGGUCAGCUACUCCGGAAAACCAGAAGAUGACAACUACCUCGCAUUAUCUGAUAGCCAGUCCAACUUCCUUCUAAAUGGGAACUUUGUGGUGGCCAUGUUCAAAAGGGAAAUCACCUUCAAGGGAAUCGUCAUUGAGUACAGUGGCUCAGACACAAAGGUUGAACGCAUCAAUUGCACCGACCGCAUUGAGGAUGAGCUCGUUCUGCAGGUCCUGUGUGUGGGAAACCUCUACAACCCAGAUGUGCGCUACUCUUUUAACAUCCCUAUUGAGGAACACAGGGAGCAGUUUUUGUGGGAUCCCUCAGGCUCCUGGCUUGAGUGCAGUCGCAUCUGUCAGGGUGAGCGAAGACGCAAAGCAGCAUGCGUUCGUAAAAGCGAUCACCUGGAAGUAUCGGAUCAACGCUGUGAACAUUUACCUCGUCCUGUUGCUGUUACUGAGCCAUGCAACACUGACUGCGAAGUCAGGUGGCAUGUUGCUGGAAAGAGCGAGUGUUCGGCUAAGUGUGGCCCAGGCUACCGCAGCCUGGAUGUACAGUGUAUGAAGUACAGCCUAGCAAAGAGACAGAGCGAGAGGAUGGACCCCAGUGCAUGCGCCGAUAUCGCCAAACCUCAAACCAGAGAGUCCUGCCACGGCGAUUGUCUGCUAAAGAGCUGGCAGUACAGCGCCUGGUCACAGUGCUCUAAGACUUGUGGACGUGGGAGUCGUAGCAGAGAAUCUUACUGUAUGAACAAUCUGGGCCGGCGCUUGGCAGAUGGGGAGUGCAGUGAGUACGAGAGGGUGGUUACCGAGACUUGCAAUGACCAGCCAUGUCCGAAGUGGACUGUCAGCGAAUGGAGUGAGUGCUUGGUGACCUGUGGGAAAGGGAUGAGGCACCGACAGGUGUCAUGCAGCAUGGGACCCAGGGAGGAAAAGCUGAACGAGCAUUUCUGUGACUCGUCCAGCAAACCGCCUGCUGUAGGAACCUGCGAACUGCCUGAAUGCGCAUCAUGGCAGGUUGGCGUCUGGGGAGCGUGUGCGGUGACUUGUGGCCAUGGCUACCAGAUGAGAGCUGUGAGAUGUGUGUCGGGGGACUACGCUGACGCUGUGGACGACAGAGAGUGUAAUGCUGCGGCGAGGCCCAGAGACAGUCAGGAGUGCGAGAUGCCUGCAUGUCCAUGGGCCUCUCCGGUACAAAGCACACCCCGUCCUGACAACUCUGCGCAGCUGCUGACUCAGUGGAGAUAUGGCUCCUGGACAGCGUGUUCAGUGUCCUGUGGCAAAGGGAAGCUUGCUCGCUAUGUCAGCUGUAGAGAUGCCCAAGGAGGAGUUGCUGACGAAUCAUACUGUGCCCACCUGCCUCGCCCUCCAGAGUUCUCCACCUGCUUUAGCCCCUGUGGCCAAUGGCACGUCAGAGAGUGGUCUGCAUGUUCAGUGACAUGUGGUGUUGGGAGAGCCACCAGACAAGUGGUCUGCUCUAACUACCACCAGCCGGUGGACCAGUCUUUCUGUGACCCGGAUGAGAGGCCAGUAACAGAGCAAGAGUGCACCGCUGCACCCUGCCCUUCUGUCUACAAACAUCAGCCUAUUUACGACCAGCCAUAUGGAUAUCCUCAGGAUCCAGGACGUCAUCCAGGGCACAGCAGCUGGAACGUCCCCUCAGCAGACAACCAGUGGAGGACAGGACCCUGGGGCGCAUGCUCCAGUACCUGUACAGGGGGCUUUCAGCGGCGAGUGGUGGUCUGUCAGGAUGCUGAUGGCCGCACUAACAGCUACUGCGAUGAGAGGGUCAAACCUGCUGAGUCCAAGAGCUGCGACUCUGGGCCCUGCCCUUUGUGGAACUAUGGUGUCUGGGGACAGUGUACCCAGACCUGUGGUGGAGGAAGGAGGACUCGCUUCGUGGUAUGUCAAAGGCCCAAUGGACAGAGGCUCAAUGACAACAACUGUGACAUCCUGGACAAGCCACCUGACAUGGAGCAGUGUAAUCUGCAUCCCUGCCCGGGCUCUACCUCCUGGCAUCGGCAACCAUGGAAGCCGUGUUCGGUGAGCUGUGGUCGGGGCAUCAAACAGCGGGAGCUAGCCUGUGUUUAUCAGAACCAAACCAAAAUAGAGGAGGCUCACUGCAGUCAUCUGACCCGGCCGCGGACGCAGAAGGCCUGUCGGGCUCGAGGAUGUCCCACUUGGAAAGCCAACAGGUGGCGGGAGUGCUCUGUCUCCUGUGGGUCUGGAGUUCAGAGCCGAGACGUUUAUUGCAGGUUAAAAGGCAGCGGACGAGUCAGAGAGGAUCUGUGUGAUUCCCGCACAUGCCCUCCUACCGUACAAGCGUGCCAAACAGCUGAGUGCACGCAGUACACCUGGCUUGCAGGUGAAUGGGAAGAAUGUAAUGUAACAUGUGGAGAAGGCAUGAGAAGCAGGAAAGUGGGGUGCAUGGACCCAGGCAUGGCACCGGCCCUGGAUGAUUACUGCGAGCCAUCGUCCAGACCUUCAUCACUACAAUCCUGUGAAGAAGUGCCCUGCCGCUACUUGUGGAUAACAGGAGAGUGGUCCCAGUGCUCUGCCAGCUGUGGUGUUGGUUACCAGCAGCGUAUUGUCUCCUGCUCUGCGAUACCCUCCUCUCACUCUCAGCGCUUGUACUCUCAGUCCUCCUUUGCCAGCAAAAACUGCCCCCAGCCUCAGCCUCCUGUUACCCGGUCAUGUCUCCUCAGGGAGUGCCCAUACACCACCUACUGGAAAGUUGGCCCAUGGAGCAAGUGCUCACAAACCUGUGGGGCAGGAGUGAUGGAGCGCAGAGUGGAGUGUGUGACCUCCAAAGCCCAACCAUCUAAACACUGCCCUCCAUCAGAAAGACCUGAGUCUCAAGCUACAUGUCAAGAGAGACAAUGCCAGCUGUUCACUUCUUGCCGAGACGUCCAGAUGAGGCAGGGAGUGAGGAUGGAUGGCGAAUACUAUCUUAAAGUCAAGUCUCGGAUCGUACAGAUUUACUGCGCUGAGAUGCAGACUGAUUUCCCCAAGGAAUACGUGACCCUGCGCAGCGGUCAGACAGACAACUACUCUGAGGUGUAUGGGCACAGGUUGCUGAACCCCUUUGAAUGUCCGUAUAACGGCAGCCGUAGACAGGACUGCAACUGCAGGAACGACUACUCAGCAGCAGGCUACACGCUGUUCCACAAAGUUCGCCUGGACCUGAGCUCCCUGAGGAUAAUGACCACAGAUCUCCAGUUUUCCCAGACUCUACUUGGCCGGCCUGUGCCCUUUGCUACAGCAGGAGAUUGUUAUAGUGCAGCCAAGUGUCCACAGGGUCAGUUCAGUAUUAAUCUGAUUGGCACUGGCCUCAAAGUUGCUCAGGCAACCAAAUGGACAUCUCAGGGCAACUAUGUUUCCGUUAAAGUCCACAGAUCUGAGGAUGGAACAAGAAUCUACGGCCGCUGUGGUGGUUUCUGUGGGAAGUGCAUUCCCCAAGCUCACAACGGCCUUCUCCUUCAAGUCCACUGAGAGCCAGCCCUAGACCAAACCCCCUAAAUCUAUCUUGAAGACAGUAGCCUAGGAACAUACAAUAAGAGUGAUUUGUUAGAUCCUGCUGUAAGUGUGGUAGUGGAGCAUCAAACACCCUACAGUCACAUCUCCAGUUCCCAAAUGGCAGCUAAACAAAACACUACACAUUGUGCAGUACUACAGAGCCACCGUCAGGUGUUUCAUUCAUACUUCUAGUGCUGAAGUCAUAUCUGCCUCCCAAAUGUUUUUGCAGUAUUUGUGGACUGGAAUCAAGAAUGCUUUUAAUACAUAUUUUCUUUUUCUUUUCUUUUUUUUUGUUUUCUAUUUUUAUAGUACCAGGGGAUAUAGGAAUUCACAGUCAGAGGGAAAGAAAUUAUAUAUAUAAAAAAGAACAGAUUUAUCCUUUUACUUUUCAAGAGAAUUAUUCUCAUCUCUAAAACAUUUAACUCUGUGAUGUCUGUCUGCUUGCAGUUCCACAAUUUUGCUGCCGCUCAUCUAACUGCAGUUAGCGAUACAGUAAAAAGUAAAUACACUGCAUGUAUGAACUGACUGUUGCAGUUCUCUUGUGAUGAAAAUUGUGUACACUGGCAUAGUCUGUAAGAAAUUGUUGUUUUAUUAUAUUACACUGAAGGAGUUUUUUUUUUUUUUAUCCACUAGCUGGCUGUUUUCACUGUAAGUUAGAGUAUUGUAAAUAUUCUUAUCUGACUCUGCGAGAAAGAAAGGGUAUAAAA